AUGAACCAAUCAGGCAACGAGUAUAGCUUCACCAGCGCACUGUCUUGUGCAAUCAACAGCUUGGCACUGGUUAUUCGUUUCCCCGCUCAGGCCCCACACUCCAUCCGCGCGACCGCUGAGGCUGCCCGAUUCGGUAUUCUUUGCGAGAUCAAAGCUAUUAUCGUUGGUUUCAAAUGGAUCUACUGUAGCACGAGUCUAAUUUAUAGCUUGAUAGCCUUCCAGGAGUUCUAA